AUGUGGGUUGCAUCUCUGUUGGGUCUCGCCGGCCUGGCGACGGCUUCUGCAAUCUCUACUCAGCCAGUAUAUACUACGACAUCAGCAUCGUCUUCGAGCUCAACUACCACUUUGACAUCCUCCACGGCUUCACAAACGUCGACGACCGUGGUCACCGUCGCAACGGAUGGUAGCGGAGAGUUUACUGCGAUCGGGGCCGCUAUUUCCUAUGCCCAAAGUCAUGCAAUCCCUAGCGUCACUGUCCUUGCUGGAACGUACACUGAAGCCAUCACGGUCUCCGCAACGCCUACUGUGACCAUUGUUGGUCAAACUUUGGCAAAGGACGAUUACUCCCAAAAUCAGGUCAUCAUCACCAACUCGGGAACAGUUCUCACAGUCAACAAUAACGUGCAAGAUGUCAACUUCAAAAAUGUUAAUUUCGUCAACACUGUGUCUGCCUAUGGUGCCAUGAUCUUGAAGGGAAACAAGUAUGCCUUCUACGACUGUCAAAUCGUGUCCACCGGAACCCUUGGAAUCACGGCUAGCGUUGGUCUUGGUGUCAUUGCCAACUCAUACAUCGAAGCCCUGGACAAAGUCAUUUACGGCGCAGCGAAUCUUUAUGUAUACAACACGGAAAUUGUUCCAGUCGAUAGUUCCGCCAUUCUGGCUUACAUGAAAGGUACCAAGGACAGUUCGUCGAAGCUCUGGAACUCUACCGUGGUUUUCGAUCAUGUUACUGUUACGCAGAAGCCAGGCGCAUCGAAUAGCUAUGUCUACCUUGGUGCUGCCAAUGGGCCUGGAAUGGUUGUUCUCUACCGCAACUCUGUUCUGGGAGGUUUAAUUGCUCCUUCUGGCGGUCACAACGAUGCCACGACUUUGGAUGGAUAUAACCUCAUUGCAGAAUAUGACAACACCGGUGCCGGGGCCUACUCGAGCAACGCUGCCAGCAGGUCCGGAUUCGUCUCUCUCUUGAGCGCCUCCGACUUGUCGCAAUACAGCAUCAGUGCUGUCUUUGAGGCUGCUUAUCCAAGUUACGCCACAUCUGAUACCCAAUGGAUCGAUAGCUCUAUCUUGGCUUCCAUCCAGACGGCUGAUGUGAUCACAGCCUCGAGCUCUACUAUCUCGACAAGCUCUACCACUUCUGUCGCCUUGUCAACGUCAGCUGUCACAACCUCCUCCGUCACUUCUACAUCAACUGCUGCCACCGCAACAUCCACUUUUGUGGUCAACCCAAUCGCUGGUCCAUACAAAAAUGUCACUGCCGCCAUCGCAGCUCUUCCUAGUGAUGGAAUGGAAUAUACCAUCUACGUGAUGAGCGGUACAUAUAACGAGCAAAUCUCAAUCACUCGUACCGGAAAGACCAUUCUCCGCGGUGAGACCACAUACGAGAAUGAUUACACCCAGAACACUGUCACUAUUGAGUUUUCUGAGGGUGUCUUGACUAGCGCAGGUGAAGACGAGACUACCCCGGUUGUCAAUGCCAAAAACAACGACGGCAAGGGUUUGGCCAUUUACAAUAUCAACUUCAAGAACACGUAUCCUCAAACAUCGAAUACCGCCGCUCUUGCCGCUGACUUCUAUGGCAACGUGCAAGCAUUCGGUUGCUCUUUCAUCGGUUACCAAGAUACGCUCCUCGCCAACAAGGGUACUCAGGUGUUCUCGAACUGUUACGUCGAAGGCUCCAUCGAUUUCAUCUGGGGCUUCUCCACAGCGUACUUCUACCAGUCAAUCAUUGCCACAAACACACCUGGCGCUUGUGUUGCGGCCAUGAGUCGGUCAUCAUCAACUGCGGCAGGUGGCUAUGUUUUCGACAACUGUCUUGUCACGUAUACCUCGACCUACGGGACCACCUACCAGGACACUUACCUGGGCAGACCGUACUCUGAGUACAGCCGAGUUGUGUACAUGAACUCAUACCUGGACAAGCACAUCAAUCCUGCCGGUUGGAGGAUUUGGUCUACAAGCUCUCCUCAGACCGACUAUGUCACCUUCGGUGAAUUCAACAAUACUGGGCCGGGUAGCUGGUCGAGCAGCCGUGCUUCCUUUGCGACCAAUCUUACCGCCACUGAGGCUGAGGCUUACACCUUGUCCAACUUCAUUGGAAGCACUGCCUGGGUUGACAUGGAUGCUUACAAUUAUGAACCGUCAUAUUCUUUGACUGGUAGUGCCACUGGCACAAGCGGCACCGGCACCUCGACCUCUACUGGCACCUCGACCAGCGUCGCUACCUCUACUGCCACGGCUAUCUGGACUCAUCCCUCGAGUGGCACCGUUCCCCCGUCAGGUGCUGUUCUAGUCAGUGUGUCUGGAUCAGUCAACGGCUCAUACAACAACCUCACCGAUGCUCUGGCUUCGCUCCCUGAUGACACCACUACUCAGGUGAUUUUCAUGUAUGCUGGCACAUAUGAUGAGCAGGUCCCUUCAAUCAGUCGCAAUGGCCCGGUCAUGAUCAUCGGAUAUACCACUGGAAACCCUGGUCAGAGCUAUGCCGAUAACGAAGUGACAAUCACCUUCUCCCGCGGACUUUCUGUGUCUCCUUUGCCUACCGGUCAUUCGGAUGCUGAGACUGCCACUGUUUCCACCGCCUCGACCAAGAUCGCUUUCUACAACGUCAAUAUCAUCAACUCGGACAAUCUUGACGGCUCGGAGUCUUCUUACGUGACUCUAGCGGCAUCAAUAUAUGGAAACCACAUUGCGUUCUAUGGUGUAUACAUGCAGGGCUGGCAAGACACGCUUUUGACUGGCAGUACAACAGGCUAUCAAUAUUACGAGUCCUCGUAUAUUGAGGGUGCCAUUGACUUUAUUUGGGGUUACUCCAAGGCGUACUUCAAGGGCUGUACCAUCGGAGCAAAGAGAGCCAAGUCCGCCAUCACAGCUCAGAGCAGAGCUUCGUCCUCUGCGAUCGGAGGUUACAUCUUCGAUCAAACUCUGUUCACUGCUGCAGCGGAUGCAACAGUUGAUCUUACUCAAACUGUGUACCUGGGCCGUCCUUAUUCUGAGUAUGCACUGGUUGUGGUCAAGAAUUCCUACAUCUCGGACGUUAUCAACCCCUCGGGUUGGAAGGUCUGGUCGACUACGGACCCUCGCACCGACCACAUUACUUUUGCUGAAUUCAACAACUCCGGUCCUGGAAACUGGGAAAACAAUGUCGCUGCACGUGAAGCUUUCGGAAAUGCCACGCUUCUCACCGAGGACACGUAUUCCCUGGAGACUGUUAUGGAUUCCACUGACUGGAUUGAUAUGACCUACUGGGACUCUAUCGACACGCCUACAUCGGUAUCGGGCACAUCCGCCACGGCUACAUCUACAACCACCGCUACAGCUUCGGCUACAGCUACUGCAGUGUACGACGGAACCACUCCUCCUUCUGGGGCUUAUAUUGUCUCGAAGACCAGUCUCGGAACAAACACCACUGUCUAUGACACCAUCCAGAGUGCUCUGGAUGCGCUCCCUACCUCGUCGAAGAUCACUCCUACCGUCUUCAUCUAUCCUGGAACAUACGAGGAACAGCUUGUCAUCAGCAAGUCUGGCACUGUUAUUCUGAUGGGUUACUCGGAGUCAACUUACGACUACUCCAGCAACCAGGUCACGAUCCAGUAUAACCACGGUAUUGACACGCAGGCCGACGAGUCAAACUCUGACGGUGCAACUGUGUAUGCCACUGGUAACUACCUCGAGGCUUUCAAUAUCAACUUUGUGAACAACAACGGCACGGCAAAAGACAUUGCCACCCUCGGUUUCGCUGUGAAGUCGAGCAAGUAUGCCAGUCUUUAUGGCUGCCAGGUCAAGGGUAACCAAGACGCUCUGCUCAUCAACGGUUAUCUCUGGAUGAGCAAUGGCUAUGUGGAGGGGAACAUCGACAUGAUCUGGGGUAGCGGCGCAGCCUACUUCCUGAAUACUACCAUAUCCCCCAACGAGGACGGUAUCAACCUCACGGCCGAUAAGCGUUCCACUAGCACCACUGCCGGUGGCUUUGUCUUCGACCAGUGCACCAUCACUCCCGCUACCGGCGCUGGAUCUCUUUCGCAGAUCUCUCUCGGCAGACCCUGGAACUCAUAUGCCCGCGUUGCAUACAUUGAUUCCUAUCUUGACUCUUGUGUUGAGGCUGCUGGAUGGCAGCAAUGGUCUUCCUCGAGCCCACAGACAGAUGGUGUCACUUUCGCUGAAUAUGGAAAUUAUGGUCCGGGAUCCAGUACUUCAAAGCGCGCUUCGUUUGCCACACAGUUGAACAACACCGGCGCUGUUCAGUUCGAGCUGGAUAAUUUCUUUGCAAGCACCAGCUGGAUUGACUUUACCCAUGUAGAGGGCACUCCGUUCGUUGCAGGCACUAGCAACACCACCACCACUUCGGUUGUUUCGACGCCCGCUGCUUCCACGUCUGUCUUCACGGGAACUUUGUCCACCAGCUCCUCAGCCGUAGCCAUAACGACCACAGUCGACGUGCUAACUACUUCGACUUUGUCUCUUUACAGCACAAUCACACCCGUUGAGCGUACUUCGACAGUGAAGUCCACUAUUACCUUGACAAUCACGCCAGAUGUCGUGUCCAAGUCCACAACAGAGAAGACGACCAUUACAUCCACACAAACUAUCAGCGAGCCAACCAUUAUGUCGACCAAGACUUCAAUCUCAACCGUUGAUGUUGCCAGCACAAUCACCCAACCUGCGAAGACAGAAACUUCCACCCUGAAGUCUACCACCACCACGACAGUUUUAGUGACCGGAAAAGCGACGACAUCGACUAUCAAGAGCACCGUUACCAGCACUUCGGUCAUCACUUCUUCUGCACCUAAAGUAACCAGUACGGAGAUGCAAACUACCACUAGCCUGAAGACGACCAGUGCCAAGGCCAGCCACACUACCUUGACUUCCACAGUGACAACGGGAAAUGGAGGGACAACUACCAUCUCAGCCAAGGCCACCACCGAAGUGGUUACCUCCACAUCCACUAAAACUACAACCAAGAAGACUACCACGACCCUGAGCUGCGAGGAAACGGAAACUGCCCAGAAGAAGCGUGAUAUCCUACCUCGCGAGAACGGUGCCACUAUCACGGCGUACACCACGGAGAUUGAUUAUUUAACCGAGACCAUGACAGUAACUCUACCAAUCUCAACGGAUACAAUCACGGAGAUCACGACCAAGACGACCUCGCUCAAGGCCUCGACCGUUACCAGCACGAUGACAUCCGUGGACACCAAGGUGUCUAAGACCACCAUCCCGGCAGUCACCUCCAUAGUCACAGAAGUGGACACGACGUCAAUUGGCAAGACGACGACUCUGAAGGCCUCCACUAUCACCGAAACUGUCACCUCUUUGAUUAAGAAGACCGCCACUAGCACAGUUCCAGACCACGACGGUGAAGAGUACGACUACUUUGCCGGCUGUGACCAGCACCACGGUCAAAACUACGACCUUGACGCUGCACCCUUCUGUGACUGUGACGGAGCGUGCCACGUCGACGUCAACCAAGGUGGAAAAGACGACUACGACUACGACGGUGGUUGCGACUAA